AUGACACCUGUUGCCGCGCAGGUUGCUGUGGGUGAUUUUUUGUGGUGGUUGCUUGUGGAUGGUGAUGGCAAUAGUUAUGCAGUUGGCGGUAAAAAUGACAAUUGUGGUGUGGUUGUAGUGUUGACAUCCUCACUAUAUAGUUGGUGCCGUAGAGAUGGCGAUGGUUAUGCAAUUGGUGAUGGAAAUGGCAGUUGUGGUGUGAUGGUGGUGAUAGAAACAAUGUCGCUAUACAGUUGGUGUCGUAGGGAUUGCGGCUGUGAUAGGUGUUUUUUUAGUAGAUUGGUGAUUUUUGUGGGUGGUUGUGGUGUGGUGGUUGGGGUUGACGUUAACGUUGACGUUGAUGUUGGAGCACAUUCUAAAAUUCAUCGCAUUAGACUUAACUUUGAUCGAGAGAUUGUUCGGUAUAAUAAGAACACUAAUCACCAACAUGAACUUGUAAUGGUCAAAUGCUGGAAAUUGAGAAUCAAAGCGGAUAAAUAUAGGGCUCUUGUUAGGACAGCUUCUCCUCAUCACGUAAUUGAUAGACCCAAUUAUAAAAGGGAACUGUCUUCCAUCCAUUCUAUACGAAAAUUAUUGAUCAUGGCUGGUGGUUCUUCUUCUUCGUACGUCCUUAUUUUAUGCUCUUUUCUGUUUGUUUCCUCAGCUAUUGCCCAAACGUCUUUUCGACCUAAUGCUCUUACUCUACCUGUAACAAAAGAUCCAUCAACUCUCCAAUACCUUACUGAAAUUAAUCAAAGAACACCCCUUGUGCCUGUUAGUGUAACACUUGAUCUUGGGGGCCAGUUCUUGUGGGUGGAUUGUGACCAAGGCUAUGUCUCAUCCACUUAUCGGCCGGCCCGUUGUCGAUCGGCUCAGUGCUCACUUGCCAGGGCCACAGGCUGCGGGGAGUGUUUUUCACCGCCUAGGCCUGGCUGCAAUAAUAACACGUGCGGCCUCCUCCCGGAUAACACGGUGACUAGGACUGCCACCAGUGGGGAGUUGGCUUCCGAUGUUGUGUCGAUUCAAUCUACCGAUGGAAGGAACCCUGGCAGGAAUGUUUCUGUGUCCCAAUUUCUCUUCGUUUGUGGCUCCACGUUCCUUUUACAAGGGCUUGCAAGUGGGGUUAAGGGCAUGGCAGGACUUGGAAGGACAAGAAUUGCACUUCCUUCUCAAUUUGCUGCAGAUUUUAGCUUCGACAGAAAAUUUGCUGUUUGUUUAAGCUCUUCAACAACAGCCAGAGGUGUUGUAAUAUUUGGUGAUGGCCCAUAUCGAUUUCUUCCCAAUAUUGAUGCUUCAACCAAUCUAAUUUACACCCCACUUAUUAUCAACCCAGUAAGCACUGCAUCGGCCUACUCUUCGGGUGAGCCAUCAGCCGAAUACUUUAUCGGAGUAAAAAUUCAAAAACUUUGGAGUCAACUUCCCUUCCCGGCACCCCUAACCUUACGUGAGGUUGAAAUUAUAGAAAAUACUUGAUUAAACAGAAAAUGA